AUGUCGGAAAGGAUUUAUAUCCCCUGGUCUUCGGCUGAAGAGGUCAAUCUCUUGGUUUGGCUGUCGCAGCACCAGCAUUUGUCAUGGGAUGAUAAGUCCAAUGAGUACUCAGAUACCUUUGGUCACUACCGAAGUCCCGAAUCACUUCGCGGAAAACAGAAUCAGCUGAUGAAGGGUAUCCGGCGGCAACGGCUCGUCUCAAAACGAACAUUAUCAGAGCUUCGCCAUGUGGCCAUCAGCCGGACACGACGCCGACGGCGAAGAAAGUUCUCGGAUAAUCUUGAUUCGCCUCGUACCCGUCUUGGGGAUCCUGAUUCCCGGGAGCGCCUGCAGCAGCAGCAAGACCGUUCUCACGGAUCAUCCAGAUCGAAGUACCCUCAAUUAAGUGAGAUACUUGCGCGCGAAGUACAAUGCCAAACUGGACGACUGACAAAUUUAUGGUAG